UGGGGCUUUCCUCUACCUUGACGCUCAGGUACGGAUCUGGUCGAAACUUUACUGAAAGGGACAUUGUUCAGCGGAGUUGAUUUAUGGGACCUUCAAAAUGGAUUAAAAACAGAAAUGUUUAACGUAAGGUGGCGAAGACAACAUUAAUUCGGAAGUCAAAUUGUGGACGCACCGUGUAUACUAUCUUGGAGGCAGUAAGUCAUGUCCGUCGGCAGCCCUGGCUGUCUGAGACAAAGCUCCGGGCCCGGCAGCUCCAGGUAUGGACCCAGCCGGAGCAGCAGCCAGCGCUCGUCCUAUGAGGAGCGCUGUGUGGACCCAGUGGAAGACAGGCUCCCGACUCCAGAGCCAAAGACAGUCCACAAAGCUCACCUGAAAGAUGCUAACGGGAAGGAGUCUGAGACCAUCGGCUUCAUCCCUGGCUCAGCUGAGCCUCCCUCUGCGACCCAAACCUGCAAUCCCUGCGCUCCUCCGAGUAGCUGCAGGACCUUUGUGUGCAGCGUGCUCACCUGCGGCCUGUAUAGGGUCUGCCAGCGCUCCGUCCUCGCUCCGAGCCUGGCGCCAAACGAGAGCUCCCCAGACGAACCGGAGAAGGUGAGCCUCGGGCCUGUAAAGCCAGGAGACGACAAAGAAGAGGACUGCGCGGACUGGCUAGGGGACGUCCGCAUCGCCGGAGUCAAAGUCGACAGUCCGGGAGAGUAUUUAGAUGUUGAAGCCAAAUCUCCAUCGUACGCGCCUCCGCGCGGUGGUCAAACACCGCCCAGGCACGCGUCCCUGCACGACUCCAUGCGGUUUGAAGACUGGGAGGAUGGCGAGGAGGACGUGGAUUCUCUGAUCACGAAGAAGCUGCUGGAGCUCUACUCGGAGUAUCAGAUCGAGGAGUUGGCCCGGUGCACCUCGGACUCUGUGUUUCUGAGAAAGAGCAAGGCCAUCAACCAGCUCAUCAACUCCCUGGCAGAGGAGCACAAAAUGGGCGAGCAAGAGGCCGAGUGCCGGCUGGUGCGCGGCAUCAUCCGCAUCAGCACCCGGAAAAGCGCGAAGAGGAGGCCGCACAUCUCCAGGAGGGAGAGGACGCUGUCGGACAGCGGGAACGAGACAAUGAGGGAGAGCGAUUCCUUUUCGUUCAGCAACAACAAUGACUACAAAUCAAAUCCGAACAUCCAAAUAUCCGAACUGACCUCCUCCGACAAGUAUGCCAGAGAGAUGUGGAGGACCAAUGGAGGUCAUACUUCUACUUCUCCAGCUUCCUACUCGUCCUCUCACAGAGAGACUCAUUCUUCAGGUGUCCCGCUGAUGCGCACCUCUGUGAGAACAUGAUUUUGGCCCACCGAUGGCGAUCUACGCUCAAAAUGAUUUCAUGUCGUGCUGUAUCCACGAGGUCCCGUACGGGACAUUAAAAGGCGACACUCCUUGCACAUUCGUCUCUGGCUGAGCCGAGCUCUUUGUAGAGACCGUGGCUUUGCCGUGGAAAAAGAAAAUGUGAAUGUUCCCGUUGUCUGAAGGACUUCAGGGAUCUCAUGGCUCUGUGUGUACAUAUUUAUGCUCGAUACAUAGUGUGUGUGUACGUUUUGAAGGGUUGCUUGUUUGAAAGCUUGCCCUUGCAGGCAGAUGUCGCCAGCUGAUCUUUGUGGCUCUUAUUGUACCCCGAUUAACCGUCCCCUCGACCUUUUUUUUGAAGGAGAACUGAUUUAUGUUCAUGAAACCCGACUCAUUUUGGCUGUUCCGAUUACUCUGCUGUUGUUAUGCAAAGGGCAUUUGGAUUUUUGGGAGGGGGCACAUUUCAUCAUCUUGUCAUCAUCAUAGAUUUGAUUUUAAACUAAUUUGUGUGAUUUUGAUUUGUGUGAACUGUAUUCAUUGCUUUCAAUUCAGUGGUUAUUGUUUCAGAUCAGAAAUGAUGUUCUGAUAGUUUUCAGAAUUUGCCAUAAGAGGUGUAGUGGCAACACUGUGAAAGGAUGAAAGAACAGUUGUCAGGAAGAGAAAGGCAGUUUUAUAUUAUGGCUCAAAUCCGGUAAUAUUGGGUGGAGUUCUUUAUGUGUGCCUGGUAGUAGACUAGAAAUAAGAAUUAUGUCAAAGGAACAGUUUGACCUUUUUGGGAAAUUUGCUUAUUGGCUUUCUUGCAAAAGAGUUACACGCUACAGCUUAGCAUAAAGACUGAAAGACUUCUGUUGCACGACUAAAACAACUUUUGAACGUACCACCAAA